CGUAUGUGGUCCUGUUUGACGAACGAUGGAGAUGUGAUGUUGUGAGUUUGGAGACGAAGCUAAGCUUUCUGAAGACAGUGCCUUGUCACACUUGUUAAUGGCCUCCGUGUGUUGUAUGUGAACGAUGUUUGCCGCUGUUUUUGGAUCCGGCUGGUAGCAUACUUUGUGAUGAGAAAGGAGGUCUCGAUCCGAGGUAUGGAGAAUAACGGGGCACAGCUGACGAUGUAAACACUGUCGCAUGUUAUGUGUCAGACUCGAGGCUAAUAUGGUCUCAACGCGUAGGAUACACCUAUUGGGUUGCAGGAGGAUGAGAUAAGAAGACGGAUAUCUCAGUUUCAAGGCAGGUGGGCCAGAGAUGGGAGGUGACACUGCACUGCUCCAAAUUCAUCCGCUUAGUGUGCAAAGGAGGAUAGCCCUCCAGGCAAAAUAUCCUCGGAAGGAAAACACUUUUUGGUGGUUUUAACAACGUAAAACACGGCGUUAUACUAAGUUGCAUCCACAGUAACGACGCAGGUUUGGCUGAAUCCAGCAUUGUUGUUAUUUCUGUCCCCUCACUUUGCAGACAUGUCCUUCACAAUGGAGGAUAAUUUCGAGUCGGGCUGGGUAGCCGUCCGCCCAAAUGCCUUUGAGGAUAAGGAAAAGCACACAUUUGUUUUUAUUGUUGCAUGGAAUGAAGUGGAGGACAAAUUUGCCAUUACGUGUCACAACAGGACUGUGCAAAGGAGAAGCUUUGGUAGGGACCAACAGGCCGAGGCCACUGGCCAGGAUGGAGACCAAACAAAAUGGCCUGAAAGUCCCAUCAGAGAUAAAGUUGCCAGGAGCCCAAGCAAAGGAGUCUGCAGCCCUAAAACCAAGUCCAUCAUUGCACAAACAAUAAGUCCUGUCAAAAUCCCUUCUGUCAUUAGUGACGCCGAGGUGUUAAAACCUCUCAGAGAGGACCAGCUGUCCCCCUCUCUGGACAUCUUGGACCUGGAGGAGCUGGACAGUCUGAACCGGGAGGACUGCAGCUGGGCCGGGCUUUUCUCCUUCCAGGACCUGCGGUCGGUCCACCAGCAGCUGUGCUCGGUGAACUCGGACCUGGAGCCUUGCCUCCCGGUGUUUCCGGAGGAACCAGCCGGGAUGUGGACAGUGCUGUUCGGCAUGGCAGAAGUACCCGAGACAGAAUUGGAUGAGCUUUGUUACAGUUUGCAGAGGUACCUGAGCCACUCGCUUGAUAUCUGUGGAUGGAAGAUCCUGUCGCAGGUUCUGUUCACGGAAAAAGACGACCCAGAUGAGUACUAUGAGAGCCUGAGCGAGCUGAGGCAGUCUGGGUACGAAGAGGCGCUCAACCGGGCAACAAAACAUCUGCAAGAGCUGCUGGACAAGCACAAGACCAUGGACAGUAUGGUGGAGCUGUUGAAGCUCUAUGAGGAGGAAGAUGAGACAUAUGGAGGACUGCUGGAGGCCUCCACCCAGCUGUACCAGUACCUGCUGCAGCCCUUCAGAGACAUGAGGGAACUGGCAAUGCUACGCAGACAGCAGAUCAAGAAUUCCUUGGAGAAUGACUACCUGGGGCCGAGGCGGAUUGAAGCUCUGAAAAAGGAGGACUCUGACUGGCAGAAGAAAGCUCAAGAGGCCGUCCUCAACAUCCAGGAGUUUACUAUAAAAUACUUUGAGAUCACUGCCAGAGCCCAGAAAGGAGUGUAUGAGCGUAUGAAGGUGGACCAGCGUAAGUUUGGUAAAUCCUCAUGGACAGCUGCGGUGGAGCGCAUGGAGAGGCUCCGCUACUCUGUGGCAAAGGAAACUCUGCAGCUCCAGAGAGCCAGGGAGAUCUGUCUGGAGCAGAGGAAACACACACUACGAGAUGAGAUGCAGAGUCUUUGUAGCAGUGAGAACGCCAUGGCCCUCUUAGAUCACAUGGAGACACAGUACUAUGAGCGGCAGCUGCAACUGUACGACAUCCAGGCGGAGAUACUACAGUGUGAAGAGCUGCUCCUCACCGCGCAACUGGACAGCAUUCGCAGACAGAUUUCUGAGCAUCAGGAUGAGGUGGUGUACUAUGACACCGUUGAAAGUACAGAUGACAUAAAGCAGGAUGAUCACGCUGAGAGGGAAGAGCUGCGCAGACUUCAGGUCAGCGCUCGACAGCUGGAGGCAAGAAGGGGGCGCAUCACUGCCAAGCGCUCCUAUCUGAGGAACAAAAGGGAGAUCUGUGUAUCAAAUCACACUCAGAAACAGCAGAAACGUCAAGCCUUACCCAAGGACUCCCAUCAGAUCUUACAGCUAAAAAAGGAAGAAGAGGAAGAUGAGGAGAGGAAGAAUAGCAGAGUUAGUCAGGAGAGGCAGAGAACUCUGGACAGACUACGCACUUUCAAGCAGCGGUACCCCGGUCAGGUGAUCCUGAAGUCCAUCCGACUUCGCGUCACCAGAAGAAGAGAGCGUGGCAGGAGCAUGGAGAUGAGUAGCGUGGGUGAGAGGGAGGAGCGAGUGCAGGGCCACCCGCUGUGUCUCAGCACCAGCGUGCAGACGGACCCCAGCUCCACGCUCACCACUCAGCCCGUCACAGCCUUCACAGCAUCCCUUCCUCCGCUGCCUGUGCACAGUCCUGCAGACUCCUCCUGCUCUCCCUGCUCCCUGUCCUCCCUAUUGGCAUCCCCCAUGUCCCCUCCUCCUCCACCUCCUCCUCCACCACCCCUGCCAAUAAUGGAGGAGUUGUCACCUACUGCUAGCCCAGGUCGGCAUGGGCAGAAAGUCAAGGGGAAGAUCGGAACAGCAGAAGACCUCUCCCCCCUCGGGCCAUUCAUCCCUCGCUUCUUUGACAGCAGCCAACUGUUGAACGCCCGGAAGAAGCUGAGGAAGACUCCAGAGUUAGACUCUCACAGCAGAAGAGAGAGCUCUCCCAUGGACGAGGUGCUAGCCUCCCUGAAGAGAGGCAGCUUCCACCUGAGGAAGGUCGACCAGCGAGCUCUGCCUCCCUCUACGGACGACGAUGACCCCAACAGCAUCCUGGCUCAGAUUCGCAAAGGGGUCAAACUGAAGUGCGUCCCCAGGAAAGAGAGAAAGGACCAGGGAGAGCUGCCGGCCUCCACCGACCCCCUGACGAGGAGCAUCCAUGAGGCACUGCGCCGCAUAAAGGAGGCCUCACCAGAGUCUGACUCGGAUGAGGACGGGAAUGACUCGUGGGAAAGCUAGGGCUCAAGGCUCAGCAAAGUAAAUUAAAAGCACACAGACGCUGGCACCUUCUGGCACUGCACGCAUCGUACUGUACUGUACACUUAUAUACAAUUACUCAUUCACUCACACACACACGCACACACACGCACACACACACACACAUACACAUACACACACACACACACACACACACACACACACACACACACACACACAGCCCAGUCACACAUGUAUCUACCUAGUGACUAUGCCGGGCCUGAGUCAUGCUGAAGAUCACCAAAUGCUCGAAAACUCAACCUGUUCAUUAUUUUUCACAUUCAACAUCAAGAAGGACUUUUUAUUACUAAAUAUGUUACUGUGGUCUUAUUUCUGUCAUCAGAUCAUAAUGUUGAAUAGCCAUGCACUGGCAUUUUGUGGUUACAUUAACUUUGAGAAGUGGCACAUUUCACACCGAAACAAUGCACUGACAGUUAUUUGUGAAAACCUCAAAGUGCUGUGAGGUGUGUGAUUUUAUUCCACACACCCCAUAGCAUUGGAAAUGACUGUCACACACAUAUGUAGAGGGUUUGUUUGAUUAUUUGGGUGUCAUGUGAGGGAUUGAAAACAAGAGUAGACGGUGAAACAUUACACCAUCAGGUAUGCUGACACUCUCUGUUAUUGUCACCAGUGUACUGUGAAUGACUCACACUACUGUAUGCUGCACAGCUGGUCUUUUCUCGUCACAUGUGGGUGUGUUAGUGUCCGAUUGUAUGAUGACCGCUGCUCGUCUAAUCUGACAUUGCACAAAGAACAUAAAUCCUUUAGUCUGUUGCACCAUUUCCGAGCCCCACCCCCCCGCUUCUGUCCUCUACCCCCAAUUCUCAGCCCAUCUCUGGGUGAGGGAAUAUAUAUAUCGACCCAUCUGUUCUGCUGCAGCAUAUGGCCAGGCUGGUGGGAGAUAUGGAGAGUAGGUUUAUCAUUUGGUGCUGAAACAUUUCAACAUUUCUGAGUAGAAGCUGGUCCCCUAGAGUAGGAAGGGAUUGGUUGAAGGGUCUGCAGAGUUUCAUUAGCGAGGUGGAUGUCGUGAUUAGUGUCAGUCGUCUUUGUAAAGUGAGGGCGGACGUGGUUGGUGGUUAGCGAACUUCAUAUGUGGGAUAGUCAUGGCAGCACUGUGAAACCAUUGCACUUGUUUGAAUGAUGGAUGGUCUGUGGGAGACUGGAUUCUCUCUGCGCCUCGGGGAGUCACUGUGGGCUGUGGAGCAGGCAGUUGUGAUGGAUGUGGUUUCGCCUGCCAUCUUAUUCACUUUCUCUCCGCUCUUCCAUCGCACCUCUUCUAAUUUCUUUUCUCUGCACUCAGUGGGCAGAAGCUCACAGUAGGAGGCCUGUUACUCACAGUGCUGGAAGUGAAAACAUGCUCAUGCACGCAUGGACUCACUCACUGAACCAUCAGCCAACAUGUGCACAAACGUUUCACUGGCAAAGCGAUUUUACAGCCUUUACUCGUACGUUUUCUUUUCUUAAAAAAAAUGUUCAGCACUUUCAUGAUAUAUAGUACGAAUUAUGUAUCACUUUUUGUGUACAGUAACAACCUGUUUUAUAAUCACUGGUGAAACAUUGUGUCUGUAGUAAACAAGUAUGUUUUAAAGCACUUUGUGGACGUAUAGAAGUCAAGGAAGGUCGGUAAGAGAGGACCAGUGGGAUUCUUCAGAGGAAUUCACACUAACAUCAACAAGAAUCCAAGCUAUGUGAAUUCAUAGACUAAUCUCUGAGUCUGAAACACUGUCAGCAUGCACUGUGUCAAACAGCUUUGAUUUGUGAUUUGCUCUUGUUCUUGUGUUGAGAGCAGGUGCUAAUGUAGAAAAAAACAAACGGCCUGUAAGUAUAUGUCACUUCAUGCAGCUUGAAAAUGCCGAGGACAGUUUUUAUUUUCCUGCCAGAGCAAACCUGUCUUCUCUCGCUGUUCCUUCAUGGUGCUAAAAUCAUGUAUCAUGAGACAGAACUAACCCUGACUCUUAAAUUAACCCUAGCCUACUCUUCACCUGACUUGAUGUGACUUUUAUUUACCGGGGCAGUUUCCCAAAAUAUGCGUAAGGUUUAGGCUGCAUCACUUAACAAUCAGCAGCAAUGUGCUCAAAACUUUUGGGAAACUGGACUCAGAAUGUGAAACGAGUGCCGUGAAUCACCCCCUCCAUCACCUGACUGAUGUGUUUAACACUGAUCUUUGUCUAUAAAUAACCUCAACACAUGUUUGCAAUUUUACAUUUCAUUCCACGGCUUCGUGUAUCCAGUUUUCCUUUUUUCUGAAACAUUUUUCAGCCAAAUGAGUUUCCUUUGUAGACAGGCCACACAGGCUGACCAUUUGACCCACUGUCUGAAUAAGGCAGUCAGACACUUGAGAAGUGCAAUAUCAAAAAAGAGAAGAGUAAAACAAGUGAAUUGGGGAUGAUGAGUUCAGAUGAAUUACCUAAAUUAAUGGACGUAUUCAAAGCUGCAGUUGUUUUAACACAGUAGCGUGUAAACAUGCUAAUACCUCUCGGCCUUUUGUCCUAAGUUUCCAUUUAUUCAAACCUUUUGUAUUAUUAUUUACGGCCUUGCCCCUGCGUUUGAAUAAAACCUUGUAAAGCAAA